CAAGCACCAUCCAUUGGCGCCGACUCCUCCCCCUAAGGCGGGAACACACGGGGCCCAAAAUGGCGGCCAGCCGGUACCGGCGUUUUCUUAAGCUCUGUGAGGAAUGGCCAGUGGACGAGACCAAACGGGGCCGGGACUUGGGCGCUUACCUGCGACAGCGGGUAGCACAGGCCUUUCGGGAGGGAGAGAAUACCCAGGUUGCAGAGCCUGAGGCCUGUGAUCAGAUGUACGAGAGCUUAGCGCGACUCCAUUCAAACUACUACAAACACAAGUACCCUCGCCCCAGAGACACCAGCUUCAGUGGCCUGUCAUUGGAAGAGUACAAGCUGAUCCUGUCCACAGACAGCUUGGAAGAGUUUAAGGGAAUGGAUAAAAGCAUGUGGAAGAAACUGCAGGAGAAGUUUUCCUCCAAGGGUCCUGAGGAGGAUCAUAAGGCCUGAGCCCAGGCUUUACCUCACCCACAUACCUAGGUGUGGAGUCUUGUACAUUGCCAUCGUCAAUAAAACUGCCCCAGUUUUCCCGUGACCUUACGGUUUGGGAAUCUCCUCUAGCCUUCCCAGAAAGGAAGGCUCUAAAGAAAGUUUCAGCCUCAGAAGGGGUGGCGAUUGGGCUGUCUGCUGUGACUGCUGCCCAGGGGAGGGAAAUCUCCUGGGGAGAGGAAAUGCAGGUUUCCCUCUGGGCCUGACAAGGGAAGGUAAUGGGGCCUCGGCACAAGGUGCUUCCUGCAGGACCACAGGAGCCCCCGCCCCUGUGACAGGGGUCUGGUGCCUUCUGGCAAGGUACUCAGGCUCUGUUUUGUUGUAGGAGCUCCUGGGAGGAAGCCAAAAAUAUCAGUAAAUACUGAAAAGGGCAUCCUGUUGCAAACAGAAAGCAUCAGGGAAGUGUGAGGCCCAGAGAGGCAAAAAGCCUGCUUGGCCCUCAUCCCCACUGACUCAGAGAAGGACGAACCUCAGGCCUCUGUCCCUGACCUUGCAAAAACCCACAUGGCCCAUUGGCUUAAGGGACAGGGAAGCUAUAGACAGGCCUUGGCCAGGCGGGGCCUCAGCUACAGUUGGCUUCAGCAUUGUGGGCAGGUUCUGUAGGUGGCCACAAGUCAGAGGCCGUGCUGGCUGAGGACACACACAGGGUCACCUCAUUAUUCCAUGGAACUUUGGCUCUUCCUGACAGACACAUUCACUUUCCUAGUUGAGCAUUCUUCUGUCUGGAACCGUGAGGGACCAGGCUGGGCCCACAGCGCCCCUGGUGGGUACAAAGUAGAAAUGGGUUCUCAGCCUCAUCUGUGUCUAGGCUCCUCAGGAUGUUCUGAAAUGCAUAAAAUAAAAUCGACAGGACUGCAGUAGAAAAUAGUUAUGCCAAAAUGCAGUUCUGGGUAGGGAAGUCUCAGGGGAGGACCCCUGAGAGGAUGUCACUCAGUGCAUCUCCCGAGAGCCUGAGGAGAGGCCAGGCCAGCAGGGAGGGGCUCUUGUUCCUGUCUUCUGCCAGUGUGUCCUGUUAAUCCUCACAGCCCCCGAGGGAGUGUGGAAACACAUCCCUUUUCAAUGGACUAGACUUCUAUUAAUUUAUUUAAGGCAGUUAACAUUAGUUCUCAGGCCGAAGUAUUUGUAAAACGUUACACCAAAAGGAGAAAAACAAGCGGUCAUGAAACAGCCAUGCGAACGCCGCUCAGCCCUUGUUUGCCUGGGCGUACAACUCUUCCCCAGGAAGCCUGGGAAGAGGCAGGUCCCAGGAGCAAGAUCGUCCAUCAUGGAGUCAUCAGGCCACCUACAGCCAUGCCAGGGUGGCAUGGACACGACAGUGAGGUCUGCACUGGCUACAGCAGAUCUGAGGCACGGAGGGAGCUGUACAGCCAUGGGCAGGGCUGAGCACAGCACCCUUGGAAUAAGUUAAAUAACAAAGCCCUAAAAUCACUAAUAACAGCAUUACUGCCACCUCCCCCAGAGGCCGGCAGCAGCCAAAAUGUAGUGCUUGGAGAUAAAGGGGUGACCCCACUUUUAACUACCCAUGAGGACUACAAAGAGUUGUCAGUUAUUGCUUUAAGGGACAAAGGUCUCUAGGUAGGAUUUGUCUUCUGCUAAGGCAUUAAGGUAAACUGAGUCCCAGUGAACUUUCAAGUCUUUUUUUUUUUUAAGGGCUCUAAGCAGGUCUGUCAGCUCUGAGGCUCCCCCUCCAUGCUGUUGAAAGCCUGGGUCGGUGUCGGGGUGUCUGGCAGAGUGGGAGUGGAGGCUGGCCAGCUGGCUGGGCCACCCAACCCGGGGGAGGGGCAGUGUUCUUCACAAUCGCAGUCUCCAGUGAUGAGCAUCCCCUCGCAGUCUCCAGUGAUGAGCAUCCCCUGUUGGGGCCUUCAGUGGCUCUUCUCAGCGGCUCAUGCAGUUCUGGACAUCCACAAAGCCUAGGCGUUGCCUGCGUUUCCGCUGCUCUGUCAUCUAGGGUUAAGCAGAUGCCAACAGGCCCGGUCAGGCCUCCUGGCACCUUCUCUCCAUGGGUGCUGUGGAAGGGCUUGGCGCCCGUCUUCCUCUGUGGGCUCAGCUGCUAUUCAGCACUGGCGGUGGGCCAGGGCCCCUCGGGGUGCUCUAAGGAUGUCAAUGUCAGCACCAAACCCUUGUUCUCAAUUAGCGUGUCACAAACCCCGGAUCUGAUGCAGCUGAGAAACCAGCCCACUAACAGGCUGCCUCAUCUUCAUGCAGGCACUGCCAGAUGCAGAGGAUGUCGUCUAGGCAAGAGGGCCUUAAACUCGGGAAUCCCCUCAAAGGACCUACCUGGCAGCUGCAAGAGGAAGGGGAUGAGAGACAGAGGGCCCCACUACCCUGUACUAAGUUUCCACUUGGCCUUGUCUUUGGCGGCCCAAGGCAGGGCUUGUCAGCCCCUGUCUGACUUGCCAUGUAGGGGAGAGUGGGCCCAUCCAGGGCCAGAGGUCAGUGGGGAAGAGGGUGGGGCAGGAAGGAUGAAGGCAGGCAGGGGCUGCCCAGGGAUAGAGCCCAGGGUGGGCCUGGGAUCAGGCAGGGUGCAUACCUGCUCCUUGAGCUCGUUGAGCUGGGCAGUGAGGUGGGACACCAGCUUCAUGGUGGAGUUGAGCUUGUCCUGGAGAAUCCGAAUCUCAUUCUGCUCCCCCUCGCCCUCGUUGCUGACAAGGGACAUGGCCCGCAUCCGGGGGAACCAGUCCAGGUUCUUGUUCUGAAAAACAUCACCAGUGGGGUGAGCAGGCGUGGGCCCAGCCCAGAAAGGCCUCAUUUAGAGUAAUGUGGGGGGAGGCUUCUGCCACACCCUUGACAAAAUUACUCGUCAGGGAUGUGUCAUGGGAAAAUCUGAAUUGACCUGGUCCUCCCUGGGGCCAGAGUGAGCUGGCAGUCAACCCUCUGCCACCGAGACAGACUGACUUCCGUUAGACAGCGUCGGCAGCUGAGUUUGAGUCCUUCGCUGGUAUCAGCACCAUCUGUUUACUCUCAUCACACCCCCUGAGAGGUGGAGGAAGGCCUCUGCACCCAGACAGACCCUGGAUCUCCUUCCUUCCUUCCGCCCGCCCGCCUGCCUGACAAGCACGCCCCACGCCCCGGGAAGACACAAGUCAGACAGAUGGCAAACGGAGGGAGCGGGAGGCUCCGCUGAGGAAAGCUGGCAUCUGACACGUGUCUGGGAGGCAAAGCCACGUUUCCCAGGACAGAGGAGUGGGGAGGGAAGGGCACCAAGCAGUUCUCGGCUUCCUUGUUGUAAGCUGUGAAUUCUCAGACCAGCAGAUAAGCCUGUACACAAAGAUCAGCUCGAAAUACAGACUUAAACGA